AUGGUUGCUGUGAGAUUCAUUAUGAUGGCUUUGCUAAUGGAAGCUACGGACGAUUUGCUACGCUCAAGUAUCAACGAAUGUAUUCGAGAAGCAAAGCACGAAGCUGAGCCAAAGCUACUUGCGAAGAGUUCCGCAUUGGCGGCUUUGUCUAGUCUCGGAGGAGGCGAUGAGAGCGACGACGAGGACAGCGACGGUGACGAGAAGAAGCAGAAUGCCAACGGUGAACCAUCACCAGUGAGUGAGUCGGGCGAGGAUAAUGCCGCAUUCAAGACCCCAUUUGGGGUCCCACGAAAGAGUAGUAAGCAAACGUCUAGCACAACAGAAGACUCUUCAACAGCUGUAACUGCUGGAGAUGGUAUGGAUUCAGAUAAAACGAAUUUACGGCAUUCUGGUAAAAAUGAUACGGAUAAAAAUGGUUCCGAAAAGUCGGAUUCAAGGCGUCGCAGAAGUAGAUCUCGGUACGGCCAAGGCGCGCAUUCAGCGUCGCCAGAAGUAGAUCUCGUAGCAGGUGAGCAGGUCUCAUCCUUUUAA